AUGACAGACUCACAUUAUACGACGUUAGGAGUUACUGAAAAAGCAACUUCCUCUGAAAUUCGUAAGGCUUAUUACAAAUUGGCCCAAACUUAUCACCCUGAUAAGAACCCAAAUGGAACCGAAAAGUUCAAGGAAAUUUUAAACGCGUAUGAGAUUUUAUCUGAUACCGACAAAAAAAGGGCUUAUGAUUUGAAGCGAAAACGGGCAGCGAAUUUCGACUUUGAGGACUUUUAUGCAAGUAAUCGUACUUCUACCUCAAGACCAGGACCGAGAACGCGAACCCCACCAGCUCCACCCAGUCCACCAACUCCACCAAGACCAUCCAGUCCUCCACCCCCACCUCUUAAUCGCGCAGACUACGACAUCCUUACUACUGCGGUAGUUUCCUUAAAAGAAGCUUAUCUCGGCGUAAGCGACUUCAAGGUUUACUACAACCUGAAAGUGAAUUGCCAAACAUGUCAUGGUAUUGAGAAUACUGCUCUCUUUUCCGAGGCUUGUGUGACUUGCAAUGGAUCUGGAUAUGUCCAAACACGCUUAAGUGAUAGCAGAAAGAAAGCAUCUGUUACGUGCUCUGGAUGUGACGGAGCAGGUGUAAAAACGUAUAAAAAGAAAUGCCAGACCUGUCUUGGGGCCAAAGCAACUCGUGUAAGUGUGCUGAUUCCAAUUGCAAAGGGCAUCCAUUCCGGCCACACAAUCAGAAUGAAGAACUAUGGGAAUGUCAUGCCAGACAACGUCACAAAGGGCGACUUGUUAAUUAAGGUGACUGUCGAUGAUCAUUGGGGCUGUUUCACGCGUCACAAAAAUACCUUACUUGCUUCCGUGGACAUCAAACUACGAGAUGCUCUCAUGGGAGUAAAUCGAAAGGGCAAUUUCGUCAAACAUAUGGAUGACCGCCGAUUGAACAUUCAGCAAGCACCCGGAACAGUAAUCACACCCGGCAUGGUCAUAAUCCAGAAAGAUGAAGGUAUGCCCGUAUUCUGCGAUACAGAUGACAAAAAGGGUCAUCUUAUCAUUAAAUUCAAUGUGAUCUUCCCUGUUCAGAUAAAUAUUCCCACGGAUCCAUACGCUCGGGACGAAAUUGAUCUGAUGUUUGAAACGGAGGAAGAACGUGAAAUCCGAAAGAACACGAUUAUUGUUGAAGAAGAUGAAGAAGAAGAUGAGAAUGUUAGUUCUCGAAAAGGAGAUAACAAUGAAGAAGGGGAUGUGUCUGUAGAUACUACCGAUGGCGCACAGAAGGAGGCCCAUAAUUUAGAAGACGAUGUUGAAAGUAAUCACGUAUCAGAUUCUGCAAAGGAUUCUUAUGACGAUUAA